UCACUGUUCAAGAUACGUAAUACCCGGGCCUUUUGCCCAAUGUGCAAUUUUCUUAAGAACUUCAGCUCCGCACAUGGUUCAGUCAGUCGGUUUGCUUACGUAUUUCGUCUAGCAUUGAUGACGUAACCGCCAAAAACCGUGAAAAGAAAUUAUAAUUAUAUUUCAAAGUGGCAAUUUUCCAACUUUCAUUUUCUUGCAUUAGUGAAUCUAAUCGUUUGGGUCAACAACCAUCGUUUCGGACGUAGAUCUCAAAAUCAUGGAUGCAGUUUGAUAUGAAGUAAGGAAACAAAGCAUUCAUCAACCUUCGACGAAUAAAAUUAAGCGAACCUACAGUCGGAUACCCUGCCAGUGGAAAUGUUGUGUUUUAAAAUAGAUAAAGGAAUGUGCAUCCGUCUAAGUCAGCCUGUGAAAACCGCGUCAUCUGCGACACCUUGUGUGCGAACUGGAGUUCGAAGUCUUGGUUGUAUGCCUGCAAGAUGCCAUCUUCUACACCCAAGCUCAACUGAAACAAAAGAAAAUCAUUCAGUUAUAUCAAUCUGGCCAAUGUUCUGUGCAACAAACUGUGUCAUAAACUCACAUGUUACAAAUCUAAUAACCUUAAUAACCGUGUAGAGAACAUCAAUUUUAAAUGUAUCUUC